AUAUCGCAAGUGUUACAUCUCUAGUUUCCAAACGCACAUUUAGGGUUAUUAUGAUUUGAAUGAUUUAAGAAUUUUAGUUGUGCUUAUAAAUUAAUAUGGAUGACGACCUUUCAUUACCCGCUGACACGCUAGCUAUUCUCAACGAAUUCCUAUCUGAGAGAUCGAAGCGGGAAGCCGAGGAAGGGAGUCAAAUUGGAAAGGAUGCCCACUUCGAGGAAGAUUGGCAACUAAGUCAGUUCUGGUACAGCAAUAAAACCAAACUAAUUUUGCGCGAUGUUGUGCGUAAGCUGCUGGUGGAAAGAAAAAAGGAUUCGGAAGACUUCUACAUAGCACUCCUCUCCUGCCCAUCCCUUUACAAGGAUAUUAGGAACAUCCAUGAUAAGGUCCACAUAUUUGAGUUCGACCAACGGUUUGAAGCGUACGGCACGGAUUUUGUGCAUUACGACCUGAACUGCAUAGGUAGCAAACCGGAUUAUCUUAAAGAACACUAUCACCAGUAUGACCUUAUAGUGGCAGAUCCUCCUUUUCUGUCCCAGGAGUGCAUCGCCAAAACUUGUGAAAUAAUAUCCAGACUACAACGCCAUCCCACGGGGAGCAAGCUGGUCCUGUGCUCCGGGGAGGUAGUGGAGCCGUGGCUGACCGCCCGUCUGCCCGUGAUUAAGUGCAGCUUCCGGCCGGAACACGAACGAAAUCUAGGCAACGAGUUUGUCAGCUACGCCAACUUCAAUUUAGACGAGUAUAUUGAAAAUAAAUAAGCAAUUGCGUUGAGGGAUAAA